AUGUACACUCUUCCUUCCCACCAUGGCGGCUCUGAUCCUGCUCGUGGGCCUUGCUGCCUCCACCGCGGCGGAAACCCUCACCAGCUACUCCCCGCCCUCCGAACUCCUACGGCGGCGGCGGCGGCGGCGGCGGCGGCGGCGGCGGCGGGCGGCGGUGGCGGCAGCCACUUCGGCUCUGGACUGAUUUCCACCGGUAGUAGCUUCGUCUUGAGCGGCGACAGUCAUGAAAUCGGCGGCGGCUACAGCGGCGGCGGCGGCGGCGGCGGCGGCGGCGGCUUUAGCAGCGGCGGCUUCAGCGGCGGCGGCUUUAGCGGCGGCGGCUUUAGCAGCGGUGGCUUUGGCGGCGGCGGCGGCUUCAUCAGCGGCGGCGGCGGCAGUCAUGAAAUUGGUGGCGGAAUUUCCUGCGGCGGCGGGCAAGUCCUGCACUCCGACGGGCGCUGCGUGUCACCCCAAGUGACCAGGAACGUGUAUGUGUUCUCCGCCCCCGCUCUGCCCCCCAGCGUGGGGCCGCGCCCCAUUGUACCUCCCCCGCGCGUCGUUGAGAACGUGGUGUUCAUUCGUGCCCCUGAGGGAGGCGUGGGCACCAAACCCAUCGUGGUGCCGCCGCCCAUCCACAAGAACGUGGUGUACGUGCUCAACAAGAGACAGCAGCUAGGCCAGCAGCUGAUCCACGUGCCCGCGGCGCCGCAGGAGCAGCCCGACGUGUACUUCGUGCACUACAACGACGGCGACAACCCCUCCCUGCCCACCGGCGGCGACUUGCAGUCCGCCCUCAGCCAGGCCUCGCACGGCAGCGGCGAGCUGAUCGGCCAUGGCGGCGGCGGCAUCAUUGGCGGCGGCGGCGGCAUCAUUGGCGGUGGCGGCAUCAUUAGCGGCGGCGGCGGCUAUGGCAGCGGUGGCGGCGGAGGCGGCUCCAUUAUCGGAGGCGGCAGCAUCAUUGGCGGCGGCGGCGGCGGCGGCGGCGGCGGCGGCUAUGGCGGAGGUGGUCAUGACAGCCAUGAGAGCCAUUAUUAGGUCAGCCCACACUCCUGAAGGGCUCCACCUGUAGUCAGCAGCAUGCCACGCCCCCCACACCCCUCGCCACGUCCCUUGGCAUGCACGCCAUCUGUUCUGUUAAGACUAAACUUGACCUGUCAUUGAAUUUCAUCUUGUUUGCCUUUAUUUGCAACAUGCAUUUGAUUCCUUCCUGCUAAUAAAAGGUCUGCCAUACAA